AGUGCACCAGGCCCGCUGCGCACCCAGCUCCGCUCCCCGCCGAGCUGGCCGCCCUCCCCGGCCUCCGCCUGGGGAUGAAGUGGGAGGCGCUAGGAGCCACUUAGCUACAGCCUGGCGCCCGAUGCGGCGCUCGAUCGCUGCCCCUGCUACUGGAGCGCCCGCGAGGCACAAUGCAGCACUGAGGCAGCGGCGGCUGCGGCAGCGGCAGCGGCGCGGGCCGGGAAGGGGCGGCGGGGAGCCGGAGCCCUCGGUCGGGGCACGAGCAGCUGAGCGCCGCCACCAUGCAAGCAGCGGCCGCCGCGUCCUUCUGGCUGCUCUGCGUCGUGGGGACCUGCCCUCUGGUGCGCUGCGGUCCGGCAGGAGACGCCUCACUGAGGGAGCUGGAGAGGGCGGACGAAAACCGCUUCCUGGAGCGCCAGAGCAUCGUGCCACUGCGUCUCAUCUACCGCCUGGGCGGCGAGGACGAAACUUGGCACGACCGGCUCAACACACGGGUGCGGGGCGACCUUGGUGGCCAGCAGCUGACCCAUGUGGACAAGACAAGCUUCCAGGUGGAUGCCUUUGGAACGUCGUUCAUUCUGGAUGUCCGGCUAAACCAUGAGUUGCUGUCCUCUGGUUAUGUAGAGAGACACAUCGAACGUGGAGGCAAGGCUGUGGAAAACAAAGGAGGAGAACACUGUUACUACCAGGGCCAGAUCCGAGGGAACCCUGUAUCAUUUGUCGCCCUGUCAACAUGCCACGGACUCCAUGGGAUGUUCUAUGAUGGGAACCACACAUAUCUCAUUGAGCCAGAAGAAAAUGAGACCUCCCAAGGGGAGUCUCGUUUUCACUCGGUUUACAGAUCCAGACGGUUUGAGUUCCCCUUGGACGACCUUCCAACUGAAUUUCAACGAGUCAAUGUUACUCCACCACAAUUUAUUUUGAAGCCGAGACUAAAGCGGAGCAAACGGCAGCUUCUUCGAUUUCCCCGUAAUGUAGAGGAGGAAACUAAAUACAUCGAACUAAUGAUCGUGAAUGACCAUAUCAUGUUUAAAAAGCACCGGCUUUCCGUUGUGCAUACAAAUACCUAUGCAAAGUCUGUGGUGAACAUGGCAGAUAUGAUCUAUAAAGACCAACUUAAGACUAGGAUAGUAUUGGUUGCCAUGGAAACCUGGGCUGCUGACAACAAGUUCGCCAUCUCUGAGAACCCACUGAUCACCCUGCGUGAGUUUAUGAAAUACAGGAGGGAUUUUAUCAAAGAGAAGAGUGACGCAGUUCAUCUUUUCUCGGGAAGUCAAUUUGAGAGUAGCCGGAGCGGCGCAGCUUAUAUUGGCGGGAUUUGCUCGCUGCUGAGAGGAGGAGGCGUGAACGAAUUUGGAAAAACUGAUUUGAUGGCAGUCACACUUGCUCAGUCAUUAGCUCACAACAUUGGUAUAAUCUCCGACAAGAGGAAAUUAGCAAGUGGCGAGUGUAAAUGUGAGGACACGUGGUCCGGAUGUGUGAUGGGAGACACCGGCUAUUAUCUCCCUAAGAAGUUCACUCAGUGCAAUAUUGAGGAGUAUCAUGACUUCCUGAAUAGUGGUGGUGGUGCCUGCCUGUUCAACAAGCCUUCUAAGCUUCUCGAUCCUCCUGAGUGUGGAAAUGGCUUCAUUGAAACUGGAGAGGAGUGUGAUUGUGGCACCACUGCUGAAUGCACCCUUGAAGGAGCAGAGUGUUGUAAGAAGUGCACCUUGACUCAGGACUCCCAGUGCAGUGAUGGCCUCUGUUGUAAGAAGUGCAAGUUUCAGCCUCUGGGGACCGUGUGCCGAGAGGCAGUCAACGAUUGUGAUAUUCGUGAAAUAUGUUCAGGAAAUUCAAGCCAGUGUGCCCCCAAUGUGCAUAAAAUGGAUGGAUAUUCCUGUGACGGUACUCAGGGAAUUUGCUUUGGAGGCAGGUGUAAAACCAGAGACAGACAAUGCAAAUACAUCUGGGGACAAAAGGUAACAGCGUCUGACAAGUACUGCUAUGAGAAGCUCAACAUCGAGGGGACCGAGAAGGGGAACUGUGGAAAAGAUAAAGACACGUGGAUACAGUGCAGUAAACGGGAUGUGCUCUGUGGUUACCUUUUAUGCACCAACAUUGGGAAUAUUCCAAGGCUUGGAGAACUCGACGGUGAAAUCACAUCUACAUUAGUUGUACAGCAGGGAAGAACAUUAAACUGCAGUGGUGGGCAUGUCAAGCUUGAAGAAGAUGUUGAUCUUGGCUACGUGGAAGAUGGGACACCCUGUGGCCCUCAGAUGAUGUGUUUGGAACACAGGUGUCUGUCUGUGGCUUCCUUCAACUUCAGCACUUGCCUGAGCAGUAAAGCAGGCACUGUUUGUUCAGGGAACGGAGUUUGCAGCAAUGAGCUCAAAUGUGUGUGCAACAGGCACUGGGUAGGUGCCGACUGCAGUAUUCACUUUCCUCAUAAUGACGAUGCAAAGGCUGGCAUCACCCUGUCCGGCAACGGUGUUGCUGGCACUAAUAUCAUAAUAGGAAUAAUUGCUGGCACCAUUUUAGUGCUGGCCCUCAUAUUAGGAAUAACUGCCUGGGGUUAUAAAAACUAUCGAGAGCAGAGACAGUUACCCCAGGGAGAUUAUGUAAAAAAGCCUGGAGAUGGCGACUCUUUUUAUAGCGACAUUCCUCCCGGAGUCAGCACAAACUCAGCAUCUAGUUCUAAGAAGAGGUCUGCUUUUCUGUCGCAUUUUCAGAUUUCCACCUGUUCCAUCACACAUUAUUCCAUUAGUCAGAACAUUUCAUUAUUUUGCAGCAGGUCAAAUGGACUCUCUCAUUCCUGGAGUGAAAGAAUUCCAGACACAAAACAUAUUUCAGACAUCUGUGAAAAUGGGAGACCGCGAAGUAACUCCUGGCAAGGUAACCUUGGAGGCAACAAAAAGAAAAUCAGAGGCAAAAGAUUUAGACCUCGAUCUAAUUCAACUGAGAGGGAGCCCCAAGCUCCUGAGCCUGGGCACUCCCUCGCCCAGACAAUCCUAUCCCAAGGCAUAAGCCCAGGGGGCUCUGACAGCCCCCAGACAGGGAGUCUGGAUCACAGGUAUUUAAACCCAUGGUUCAAAAGAGACUAUAAUGUAGCUAAGUGGGUAGAAGAUGUGAAUAGGAACACUGAAGGACCAUACUUUAGCUCCCAAGAUGGCCAACAUCAAGAAGACAGGACCCUGUCUCCUGCCAAGUCUCCCUCUUCAUCAACUGGGUCUAUUGCCUCCAGCAGAAAAUACCCGUACCCGAUGCCUCCACUCCCUGAUGAGGAGAAGACGGUGAACCGACAAAGUGCCAGGCUAUGGGAAACAUCCAUUUAAGAACAACUGUUUACAUGUGUCACAUCGAAACUGUUUACUUCAACUUUUAUAGAAACUCAGCCACCCAGAAUCACUGCGAAUCUAUCUGUUCUUCACACGAUUUGAAGGCGCUCUGAGAUGCCAGAGGAGAGGAAGUCAUGGGUCACGCCUGGAUGCCGUUUUCUUUUUGUCAUUGGCUUAAAGUUUAACCAAACAGUAAAAAGAGCCACUGGAGUUCUACAACACGGAACCAUUUAUGGUCUGGUAUUGGUAUGUUAAUGGAUAAUCCGCAUGACAGACAUAUGUAGAAUAUCAAUAAAAUUAACUCACAUGACCCAAAUGUAGCAGGUUUUCCUGAGAGAGAGAAGUGGAUUCAGAACUGGGCAUUCUGAAACAUAUCCUCAUUGCAAACAGUAAUGCCAUAUGCAUGAAGCUUCUGUGUAUUGUUUUCCGUAUACAAGGAAACAACAUCCCAUAAUAGAAACUAGCAUGCAGGGCUGAGGCAUAUAGGAUUGUUCUGCAGGUUGCAGGACUGCACAGCUUCGAGAGGCCAAUACCCAUAUGCUAACUUUAAACAUGUAUUUUUAUUUUUUUUACUUUUCAUAUUUAUAUUAGUGUACGAGGACAACUGUACAUAUGUAAACCUUUUUAAAUGUAAAAAAGUAACUGUUACAUAUAAGUGUAUUUUGCCAAAUGCCUAGAAACAGUCAGUCACAGUUCUAUCAUUGUCCUUCAUUCUGCGGUCUUCAGAGCGUAAGUGGAUGAUGUUGUAAAUACAGUGGUCAGUGCUGUAAGAGUGUCUCUCUGUAACUGGCAUUCCCACGUGAUUUCCCUUUAGCGUGUGUACAGUGUGGAGGAGGCUUUAUUGAGUAAGAGACAAAAUGCUCAGACAAACGUCUGGCCUCUGCGUCUUGUUGAAGGUGGACUCUCCGUGUGUGGUAGCCGUGCGGCAUCAGGACACGCCGGAGCUGACAGGCUCUCUGGGACUCUGCCGGCCUGUCUAGUCCACAGCUAAGACACAUGGUGCCUGCCACAGUAGCCGUUCUCACUCGGUACCCAGAGGCCAUGAAAUGCCCUCCCCUCCUUGCUGAGGUUGGUCAGAUGCACCAAAGACACAGACCGCCGAGUGGGCAGCUCCCAUCUGGCCAGUACCUGAGCCCUUUCUGGCCUAAAGUUUGGGCUCCUUAACAAAAAAUCCUUUCAGCCAUUCUUACCUGUGAAAGGAAUGACCUGUUUUCCCAACUUCAAUGCAUUUAUCAUUACGGGGAUAUAAGUCCCAGCAGGUCGUUGUACAUGACUUUGAACAAGAUGGUGUCUAGAAGACUCAACAGGGCAUUAAAGAUCAAUAAAGUCUAAGGCUACAUAGAUGCAGUAACUGCAAAGGCAACCAUUCGCCUGCAGGGGAAAGAGCCAGGGGUUUUGAGCCCUAUACAUUUUUUUUUUUUUUUUUUUUGGUUUUACGAGACAGGGUUUCUCUGUUUUGGAGGCUGUCGGUCCAGCCUGGCCUCGAACUCACAGAGAUCCACCUGCCUCUGCCUCCUGAGUGCUGGGAUUAAAGGCGUGCGCCACCAACGCCCGGCUUCGAGCCCUAUACAUUUUGAUCCACUGAAAAAAAUGUUCUUUAAAAUGAAAAAUUAAUAGCAGUUCUAAUGCAAUUUUAUCACUCAGAAAGAAAGCCACUCUACUGAGAUCUGAAAUUGAUAGGGUCAAUCAUAUGAUCUACUGUGGAAUAUACUCCUGCCCCUCCUCUUUCCUUACUGUUUUAUGUGAGGAAUGGAGUCAUCAGACAAGACAUCAGAAAUAUACUCUUUAUUUUAUUCUUCCACAAGUGUCCAGGGACAGUUCGUUUCGUCUCUGUGUAGAAUUGUCUUAAAUGCCCAAACUGAAGGGCCGGACUGGAAGGCAGUGAGUGGUAUACUCAGUUUCUGUCUUCUGUAAUGGUUCACUCUUCUGAAACCCUUUGAAGAUAUUGGAAAAUCCAUUUAAUUAGAAAAUUACACCAUGAAAACAGUUUAUCACGACCGGAAAGGACAGAGUUUGCUGAUAGCUCAAUAAAACAGUCUUAGACAAAGGCAUGGAUGAGUGGAGCAAUGUCUCCAACAUAGCUUAAGGCAAGGACAGACAGGCAGGCAGGUGACCGAUAAAAAGAUGUAGCAAAUGAAGUGUCUUUUGAACAAGGGCACUUCAAAUGUGCACUGAAUGUUUUCUGGUACUGAGUAUUUAAAAGGCUAGUAUAAUAUAAGGUUUAUUUUGACUACAAGAAAAGAGUUUAUAGCUUUGACUGAAAGGUGCCUCAUGUAAAUAUGCUUUGUAGUUAGAUAGAGUUAGUUACGUAAGCUCUGGUUUGGAAGAAUUCACAAGUGGCUAGCUGGUGAACUGAUUAUCUGUCUUCCUACCUGUCUUUCCUCAUCAAUUAUUUUUUUCCUGAAGUUAUCAUUGAAAAUUACAGUCAUUGACAUGUGCCUUUUGGGAGAGAUAGUUGCUCUCGUUUGCGGACUGAUUUUAGAAACACAAGAGCUUUAAUGUUCUCCUUCGGUAUCUAUCACCCAUGUCUAAGUAUUCUUAGAAUUGUUUUUGGAACUAACAGAUUUUAGUGUUGGCAGUUAGCUUCAAAGUUGUAUCAGUGGACUUACUGGUGUUGGUGUUGUAGAUCAUUCCAUCUAGCUACAUAUGACUUCAUUCGCUGAGGUAGACAGAAUAGAUUCAUGGAAUCAAGUACAAAGCACAGUGAUUAUUUCUUUUUUAAAUGUCUAUUUGAAGCUCCAUAGUGCUUUAAGUCAUGCAACUAAUAUUCAUACUUCCAGUCUACUGUGGGAUCAUUUCUACACAGAUAAGCCCAGUAAAGUGUUCACUGGAUGCCGUUUCUCUUUCUAAUACCCUUGGCAUCAGUAAGACUGCAGACAGCCCAAAUGCCUGAGAUGUUCCAUCCAUCAGCUCAUUUCCAUCCCCGUGUAAAGGAAUGUUUAAGUCUCUCCACAGUGGGACCGAGGAGGCCUGCAGUAACAGAGAGUCCUUAAGGAGCGGACCUGCCAGACCAACUCUUCCUGGCCACCGUCCUUAGGUGGGAAACCUUCCUCCACAGUCAGCAGGCUAGAAAACGACCCCAGUCACGUGCAGUCUACAGAAAGCGGGAGAUGGGUGCUGUUUAGCUGGUGCAGCGCAGCGACUCUCGCGGUGGCCCGAUGUGUAGAACAAAAAAGCACACGUCCCAGCCCUCACUUAGAUGCUAAGCGAGGAACCGCCCAUCUCUAGGUUCCUUAGCAGAAGCGUUGCCUGGGGAUGAGAUGCCUUCUGAGCAGUGCAACCUGGGCACUUUAUUUCAUCACCCAGCUCCUUUUUCUUCUUGUGUUUCACAGGCCUUUUAAAAUAGCAUUUGCACAGGAGGUCAGUCCAAUAUAGAAUUUAUGUUAUGAAAGAUGGAUGGUGUGUCUAGAAGAAGCCACGGUGAUGAUAGCACUGCGUGUUCUCUGCCCGCACAGGGUGUAGGUGGGAGGCUGCUGUGUGUUCCGGAUGGAUCCACCUGCCAUUCUCCUGCUGGUCCCUUGCAGAUCCCUGCUUCGUCCUGCCUGCCUGUGGCCCUGUGCCUUCUGUAGCUGUGUAACCCGAUGCCCUUCGCGCUGUCCUUCUUUUGUUCUUAUGGUUAUCUUUGAACUCGGCCAAGUGUGGUGUUUGUACUCUCCUCGGCUUGCGGGGUUUUGGAGCCGAGUUUGUGCCUGUGUUCACUUCACCCUGUCAUUUUCUGUUGUUGCAUGGAAUUUAAUCGCCAGUUGGGAAAACUGGCUCAGGCGGCAGCCCAUCUGCCUGUGUGAGCGGCAUGCUGUUGACAUGUCCCUGCUGGUCGCUAUCGGCACUUGCUGUGGGUGCUCAUGCUCUGUGGGGCAGGUGGAGAGUUUCCCUACCACCCCUACAGGUGCAGAACAAAGUUGCCCACAGACUUGGAAAGCAGAAGGUAGUAAUUUCAUUCCCGUUUUCAGUCCUCAUCAUGGAGCAUCCAAAGUCAGGAAGCAUAAAAUCAAAACUUAAAAGACCCGUGUCGGUUGUAUUCAUGCCCUUGGAAUCCCUGGCCUCAGAAAACAGUAUCGUUACUCUGGGAUCUGAUGGCUGCAUUUAGAACCUUCCUACUUCCAAACUAUCUGUGCAGGACUUUACCUCGUGAUUGGCAACCCCUCCCCCCUUGCAUGCAGGCUGUUGCUUUCUCUGGCUAAGAUGAAAACUGGGAGAAGUACAGGACUGGGACUAGGACAGGUCAUCUUUCAGUUUCUUUUAACAUGCUGGUCUGAUUGUGCACCUUGGAAAGUCACUAAGAAAUGGGUCUCAGGGUGUAAAUCCCAGGAAGGGAAUAAGCAACAGACAGUUUGGGGAGAUCCGGGGUGAUUUAGUCCCAGCAUAGGACCACAGUGCACAUCCAUGUGAGGCAUGCAGAGCUCAAGAUGGUCACUGGCCACGCUGGAGGGAAGUACUGGGCGCCGUCAGCAGGCCACGCGCUUCACGGUUUUCUGGAGUUUUAUUUUCUAUGUAUUCCACUGUCCGGUGCUGUUGCAUCGUUCACUGACCUGCAUCACGCUGGAAGGGCUUCGGAAGUGGUAGGAGUGUUGAUCACAGGCAGGCGUGGAAUCAAAUCCAAACAAAAUGUAUUUGAUUCUGUUUCAUUUUACAAAAAGGCAUACGGUAAGAUGAAACAACCUUAUUAGGUUACUAUACACAUGGCCACCAGUUCUGUUUCUGAACAAAGCUUAGCCUCCCCUAAAUGUAUGAAGAUGCAUGUAUGCAUAUUCUGCGUUCAACUUACGGUAUUUCAGGACAUGAUCUGCUCUGAUGGUUGAGUUUUAAAAUAAUGCAAAUAGCCCAAAUCUUUAAAUAUAGCGGUGCUACGUUUUAUCAGAUAACACAACACAGAAAGUGCUGAAAUGAAUCCAGACCCUUAGGAGGAACACAAGGGUUCCUGUUAAAUUACACACUUGUAUCACUGCCUGAUUUGAAAACCCACUUUUCCUUUCUAAUCCAGCACAAUACCAAACUGCAGCUCUACAGCAACUCUUUUUAAUGGGCACAAAUAACCCAACGCCCUUUUUUCUUUUAAUGGAAAGCUUUUUUUUUUCUUUAACACUAACUGCAAAGUGCUUAGCAAAAGGUUCCUUCAGGUUACAGAGCAUUUUUUUUUUACUUGUUGGAAGACUUGUCCCUCCAAACUAGCAUUUCCAAGUGGCCAUUUCCAGACAUGGCUCAUUUUGCCUAACCAAAGCAGUUCAUCUUAGUUGGCAUUAGGUCUCUGCCAGUGCUUCCCACACUCACAGCCUCAGGGUGAGGCCUGUCUAAGAUAACAGAGGCCACCCACUGGGGACAUGUUAAGAGAAUCAGUAUGGUUCACUUGGACUAACCAGGGUCUCGUGUGUGUAUACUUAGAUUCACGUCACUCAAGCCUCCUCUCUGCUACUCCACACGCACUUCCUGUACUUGUACUAUUUUAAAACUCCUGGGUUUUGGCAAAUGCCAACAGAAAUGUAAAUGGUGAUUGCCUUCCUAAACAAGCGUGGUUUGUUUUUAUGGCCGUUCAAGUUAUAAAGUUGUUCUCAUAUUGUAGGUAAACAAAAUCUUGCUGUUUUUAAAGGUCACUGUAACUGGAGAUUUAACUUUCUGGCACAAUUUUAUUAGUGUUCACUUCUGAAGCUAAUAAGAUAUCAGAGUUUUCUAUGUUACUCUCAUUGUAACAUCAAUAAAGUGACUUUCAAUAAAAGAUUUAUGUUAUUUUGA